CCGCUUUAAAAGCGGAAAGGGGCGGGCUUAGCUUGGCUCGUGACGUCACGCGAGCAGGAACGCUACGGUCCUUGUGCCCCAGGUCAGUCCCCGCGGCGCUGCAGGAGGAGCAGUACGGGCUAUAGAGCGCAGGGAAAGCCCGAGGCCGCCGACGCUUCUACCCUCUCUCCCGGGAUCCCACACGGCAGUCCUGUAAGCUCCUCCUCCCUCCCGGGGAGAGAAGGUCGCAGAGCUCCUGGAUCAGGCGGCAGUAGCGCGGAGCUGCGGCACAAGGAACUUUACUCGGCUAUGGCUGCGGGCAGACGGAUGUAGGAGCCGCCGGGGGAUGAGCAGGACACACAGGCAUCCAAUGAGCGCUCCGCUGUGGCUGCUGAACACUAUGUGCGCCCAAUAACCCGAGGGGCUGCAGGAGCCCCAAACAGCUUCUUCCACUCACCGCCCUGAACUCGCGCCUCUGCCCUCCCCCCGCGCUCCUUUUACUUCUAUUGGCCCGAGUCAGUCCCGCUACUCACAGGCUGCACCGAGUCCGCUCCGGACAUUAUGGCGGCGAAAUCGGCUGCUCCGGGGGUCGGGAUCCUACUUGUCACAGCCAAUGUGGGGACCUUGUUUGAUGAUACUGAAAACUUGCAGAAGAACUGGCUUCGAGAAUUUUAUCAGGGCUCCUGCUGUAGAAAUAUCACUUGGAAUAUUCAGAAAGGAAGGAGAGACCGAGCGCAUGUAAUUGCAGGGCACAUGACUGUCCAUGCACAGAAGCCCCAGUUCUUGUCUUUGCACUGUCAAGAGGUCGGAGGGAAAAAUUAUGAAGCUUCCAUGUCUCACGUGGACAAACUAGUCAAGGACCUGCUCUCCAGCGAUGCAAUGAAAGAAUUCAACAGAGCCCGAGUCUAUCUGGAUGAGAACUACAAGUCCCAGGAAAACUUCACAGCACUGGGAAGCUUCUACUUUCUUCAUGAGUCUCUGAAGAACGUAUAUCAAUAUGACUUCAAAGCAAAAAAGUACAAAAAGGUUACUGGCAAAGAGAUCUACUCCGAUACCCUAGAAAGUACUCCAAUGUUAGAAAAGGAGAAAUUUCCCCUAGAGUUUUUCCCUGAGAGUAAAUCAUCUAGGAAAGGCUUUAUUCGAACACGAUGGUGUAUUACUGACUGUGCCUUCGACUUGGUGAACAUUCAUCUUUUCCACGAUGCUUCCAAUGUAAUUGCUUGGGAAUCCAGCCCAUCUAGCUACUCAGGAAUACGACAGAAGGCGCUUAGUUAUGUACUCAAUAGUGUUACAGACCAUCGAUUUGAAAAGGUUCCCUUCUUUGUCUUUGGAGAUUUUAACUUUCGACUGGAUUUAAAAUCGGUGGUAGAGACCCUUUGUGCAAAGACAACAAUGCAGACCGUCAAUGCAGCAGAUACCAAUGCAGUAGACAAGCUGGUUUUCCGAGAAUCGGAAAACGACCACAAGGUCAUUUUACAAAUUGAAAAGAAGUCAUUUGAGUAUUUUAAUCAAGAGGUUUUUAGAGAUAAUAAUGGCACUGCGCUUUUAGAAUUUGACAAGGAGCUAUCGGUCUUCAAAGACAGACUGUAUGAACUGGACAUUACGUUCCCCCCCAGUUACCCCUACAGUGAAGACAGCAGUCAAGGAAAGCAAUACAUGAACACAAGAUGUCCAGCUUGGUGUGACCGCAUUUUAAUGUCCCAUUCUGCUAAGGAACUGCUUUUAAAGUCUGAAAAUGAAGAGCGGAUUGUGUUGUACGACCACAUUGGGCCGAAUAUCUGCAUGGGAGACCACAAGCCUGUCUUUCUGUCCUUCCGAAUAGCCACCGGGGCAGAGAAAAGAUGCCAGCACAACGAAAAGAUCUAUAGGGAGACAACUUUGUGAGGAUGCCAACAGCACAGAACAUCAUAAAGUCCUUGCAGCCACAUUUUGUAAAUUGCGGAUCAUCCACUAGGCUUCAAUAUCCCAGCUCCCGACAAGUCUCACAUACCUCACUUUUCCUGUACAGUCGUAUUAUCCCGUAGAAACGUGGACAUUUGGUUUUUUAGUUAUUACAGAUGUGUCGUGUUGCCAAAACGCUAUCGGAUCAUGCCUAUCAAUAGACUCGUUCUUGUCUCUGUGAAAACCCCCGACAGAAAUGGAGACCCAAAGUUUUGCUUCCGGGCCCGUCUCACCUUGGUGGCCAUCAACCACUUUAGGAGUCAACGACAAGGUCCAGGAUUCUGGCCCUAAAGAAGCACAACACAAUCAUUAGAGUGAAUCAUAUGAAAUGAAAUUCUCUUGCUAUCCAGGCUGACACGGUUGUUCAAUAGACCCGGGUUUGAUUCCUAUGUCCAUAACGAUGGCAUCUCUACAUCACUUUAGGAAUCUUGGUCGGUCUGGAAGCUCAGAGCAGUCUUAAGCGGGAACCUUGAAAUCGAAAUGCUGUCGCCCAUCUUGGGUGAUAGAACUCAGGAAGAGGCCUAUCAAUGAGAUUUUUAAUGCUUACUCUUUUUACAGGGUUCCUUGAACACUUUAAACUCUAAUUAAGCAAAAAUAAGAGUCUUCAGAUUGAGCGGCGGGGGGGGGUUAUAUACAUGGGACAAUCAAGAUGUAAAUGUCUUUUCAUUCUUGACCGAGGCCUGUGUCCCUUAUGUUCGAUUAGAUAGGGGUGUCGUGCAAUAAUGUUGAUCAUCGCUUAGAUCAGGAGCAAUGAUGACGACGGCAGCCACGCUCUAGAUAAACCCCCCGUUUUGUUUUUAGAAUAUUUUUAUCAUUUCCAUGUUAUCUACUACACUGCCAUGUAACAUGGGGUUUUUUUUUGUUUUUUUUUAAUCACACAGCAGCUGCUUUUCAUUUUUUUUUAUAUAAAUAUAUAUACUUUUUAAAGAAAAAAAAAUAAUUUAUAAACCUUACCAAGACCUAUGCUAAGUAUUCCUUCCAGUAUGAGGCUUGAGGGCCAUAUCAUUAACGUGCAUUCAGGAGUAGCAGUUUUAGAUAAACGUACAUCAGCAACCAAAAUUUAUAUACAUAUAUAUAUACACAGCCUUUACGUCUUUGUCCUCGAUGGAGCUAUAUCCUCUUCAAUACAGUAAGUAUAUAUAUAUAUAUAUAUUAGCAGUUUUCACUUUGUUACUUACUAUAAAUUAUUUCUAUGUGAUAUUAAGGACUGAAUGUGAAGUUUCUAGAUAGGCUUGGGGGUAUCUUUUAAGGAUUUUUGUAACCUGUUUUUUGUCGGUCUUUUUGUUAAUGUAUAAUGGUGCCAAGUAUCCUAUAUACGCAGUGAUGACAUGGGAGACAUAGCCUAGAGUAGUUUUUUCACAUGGACUUUUAUUAAUCAGUGUUUUAAAAAAGCACAAGGAUUUCCAGCCUGAUGCCAUCCAAUUGUUGUUGAACUACAAGUUCCCUCUGCAUCAUUUUAUAACCGGAGGAAUUUGGUUGGGUGAUGCCGGGAGAUUCUACUUCCCCAGUAUUUGUAGGGUUUGGCCGCAAGUUGGAAGUCUUUGCCUUGGCAUAACCUUUAGCCGUUUGCAGUGAGUCAAAGCUCUAACUUAGCAGUGAUCAGAUGAUCCGACCCCCAGAGUAGAACAUUAAAAGGCGAUUAGAGAGUCCAUUGAUGAAACACAAACAUUUCUUAUAUUGAUUGCAUUUAGAACACUACCGAGUUCAUGGACUAUAUGCGACUAGAUUGAUGCUCGAUUUUUCUGUUUUAAUCACUACGUUUGGGAAUGAUUUUUCUUUAUUUUUUAUUUUCCGUCCGCUUGCAGGACAUGCGCUCUUCACAAAGCAAACUGAUAUUGUUCAGCUUGUCUCAUAGAGAUGACUGCCCUGUUCUCGUGCCAUGUCUUUUUUUGUAAUCUAAGCACACGGUUGUGUUUCUGUACCUGGAGAUUCCACUCGUGGUUGUGUCUUGAUCACCUUGAGACAUCGUGUGCCCUGUGGUUCUCAACUUCAAGCAAUAAAACUGUUCAUUGUGAAA